AGGUAGCCUUUAGUGCACGUGACGCCGUGAGCUUUUGAAACGAAACCGAAAGGAGGCCAUUUGUGACGGAAGUUUCUUCCACUCUGAAACGAGUUCAGUUCUGCACGAGGACACAUUUAAAAAAAAACACUGAAAGACGCAAGACGCUGAGCCGGAACUUUGAACAUCGGUGUCGUCUAUCACGAGAUCAGAAUGAAUGGCCGAAAGGCUGCUCUCGCGACGGGAAGUUUUCUGGCGUUCGGAAUUCUCUUAAUAGUUUUACAGCAGCCAACUGGAAGACCUGUCACGGACUCUGAUUUCAAACCUAUUCCAUACACUCACCUAGCAAAGUGUGAGCGAAGCACUCAAGGAGAGAUCAACUGCCCUGACAUUCGUCACGAAGGAAAAACUCGGCUUCGCCAAGCUCAACUUGUGCUUACAAGGAUUUUAAGAAUCUUUGAUCUCAUCGCUAAAAAACAUGGCAUCAGAUACUGGUUACACAAAGGAACUUUGUUAGGCGCUGUACGGCACAAUGGACAUAUUCCUUUCGAUAACGACGUAGAUAUCUGUAUUCCCAAAGCUGACUUCGAAAACUUCGUCGAAAACGGCACGAAAGACCUCCCCGAUGACAUAUUUUUUCAAACUGAAGAAACGGACCCUCAUUGGAAAGUUCCGUAUGUGAGCGGAAUGCUGGGAAAGCUACGUGACACACGAAGUUGUUUAAAGUCUUGUAGCGGAGGUUGCAAAUUUAAUGACGGGUUAAUGCUGGACAUGUUUGUUGUGGAGAGUGAUUCAAGCGGUAAUUUCAUAGAGGUCUACACUUCCCGAGUGUGGUUUCUACGAGGGUAUAUCUACGCUCCAUUUGUAAGAACACCGAGCGACAUUUUCCCCCUUGCUCAAGUAAAUUUCGAUGGCUUUUCUCUUCCAGCUCCGCGAAAAUGGAAGAAAAUUCUAAAGUCACUCUACGGUGAUGAUUUUAUGACCGUCCGUAAAAGGCAGUCCCUUGGGCAUGUUGUUACAGAGACACUUCACAGAUGCAAAGAGAUACAAAAAUAGUACUCAUUUGUAUUUUAGUAUUGCAUUAUAAAUGUCGUGGCGGCGUGGGUUUGACUUCCUUUGACAACUUCUUCUCAAUAUGAUGACGAGUGGAAAGUAGUAGAAACGGUGGUUACGUGACUCCCGGGGGGGGGGGGGGGGGGCGGGGACCCCGGAUUUCAAGUGUCGAUUGACGACAAUGAUCGAAGGAUGUUCUUGGGUUUGAAAUGUUCUAUUCCGGAAUGUUUUGGGUAGGAUAAUUUGGCAAGUAUUUUUUUGGGUGGUUUGAUUUAAGUGUAGAGAUUUUUUGGGUAUUCUGAACAAUCUGUUUAGAUUCGUGGUUUCGUGCCCGCGUAUCCCUGCGGCGGGGUAGUUGUGCGAAUAAAGUACACAUUCAGUUUCUAAUGUUUAUAUUUUUCGUGUUGUAUCAUUUAAUGCUUUCUGGAAAUUUUAAGUCUCGGAAAUUCGGCAUGGACGUUUUUGGGGGUAAAUUUUGGGUCCAAGGACUUUUUGGGGUUUGGAUUUCUACCCUCAUUUGAUCAUGCCGGUCACUUAAAUCCCGAGUACUCCCCUGGGGCAUGACUACCUCGAUAGGCGUGGGUGAACUGAACUUUGAGAUUAGCGAUAUUGGCCUUGGUUUUAAGAGCGAGAGCCGAAUCAGGUCCCCCCCCCCCCCGGGGGAUUUAGGGUUGUCCUUUUUUACGCGACGUAUGUGCAACGCAGGUGGAGUUUUGAACCCCGGCUAGCGGCUCUAGGGCUUUAUAUAAGUCUACCUCAGUGCUAGGGUCAACACAACAGGCUCUGCUAGGAAUAGGAAACUUUUCCCCC